AUGGCUGCAGCAACUCAACGUAUUCCAUCAAAACGACAAACUUUGGACGAAGCUUAUGCUCCACCUGCAAAUUUUCUGGAAAUUGAAGUCGUUAAUCCGAUUACACAUGGAGUUGGUAAAAUGCGCUAUACUGAUUAUGAAAUUCGUAUGAGAGUGAGUUGAAAAAUGGUGAGAAAAUCAUGAAAUUUUGCUGGAUUUUUUGCAGUCAAAUUUGCCAGUUUUCAAACAAAAAGAAUCGAAUGUUCGCAGAAGAUAUAGCGAUUUUGAGUGGCUUCGCGGAGAAUUGGAAAGAGAUAGUAAAGUGAGCCGAAAAAUUCUGAAAACCAGGGAAAAUGUAGUUUUUUUUUGCAGAUUGUUGUUCCACAAUUGCCCGGAAAAUCGUUGAAACGACAACUUCCAUUCCGUUCGGAUGACGGAAUUUUUGAGGAGGAGUUUAUUGAGAAUCGCAGGAAGGCAUUGGAAACAUUUAUCAACAAGUUUGUUUUUUAUCGGAUUUUAGAGAUACAUUUUCAUGUUUUUUGAGCAAGAUAGUUGAAAUAUUGGAUUUUAAUCGUGUUUAUAGGAUAGAAAAGCUUAAGACAAUCCGAAUGAUAUUAGACUUUACGUUAUUCAUAAGUGAUUUAGCGGCUUUUAGUCGAUAUUCAGCUUAUGGAUAAGGUAUGUUAUUAGUUUCUAUGACUUUACCUUAUCCAUAAACUGAAUAUCGACUAAAAGCCGUUAAAUCACUUAUGAAUAAGUAAAGUCAUAGAAACUUAUAUUAUUCGAAUUGACUGAAGCUUGUCUAUCCUAUGAAUACGAUUAAAAUCCAAUAUUUCAACUAACUUGCUCAAAAUUUGCAUUUAGUCCAUUUCCAAGUCAAAAUGAUGACGUAAUCGAUUUUUCACCAGAAAAAAAAUGAGAUUUAAUUAAAAGCCCAAAAUGUUUGUUGUUUGCAGAGUUGCUGGCCAUCCACUUGCUCAAAACGAGCGCUCUUUGCACAUUUUCCUCCAAGAAGUGGCGAUCGACAAAAACUAUAUUCCAGGAAAGAUUCGUACCGCAUAA